AUGGAGACUGCCGUUCCGCAAGCCACCGCGCCAGGUGCGUCCACGGCCACUCCGGCCUCUAAUGGGGACGCGGCACCAAAUCCCCCGACCAACCGUGAAGGAGACAGCGAGACCAGCCAACUUCGUGACCAAGGACGACAUCGUCCAUAUGCAGGACGUGCGGGUCAGAAUGAUGUUGCGCGGGGAGGAGGCCGAGGUGGUCGAGGAGGUCGUCCGGGCAAGAAGAGAGAUAUGGGGCGGAAGGAAUGGGCUAAGAAUAAAGUAGACAAGCGGCAACGGAACGAGGAUGAACAGGCCGCGAAGCGCCAACGGCUCGACAGAGGCGAAUCCGAACUACCCAUCUAUGCCACCAAAUUCAGCGACGACGUGCUCGCCGCGGAGGAAAGACGGCCGAAGAAGAAGGUCGCCGUACUGAUCGGCUAUGCUGGCACAGGCUAUAAAGGAAUGCAGCUGACACACGAUCAGAAGACCAUAGAAGGCGACCUCUUCCAAGCCUUCGUCGCUGCAGGAGCCAUUUCCAAGGCCAACGCCGACGACCCCAAGAAAUCGUCCUUUGUCAGAUGUGCGCGGACGGACAAGGGAGUCCAUGCCGCCGGCAACGUCAUCUCUCUCAAGCUGAUCGUCGAAGACGAAGAUGUGGUGCAGAAGAUCAAUACGAACCUGGCUCCGCAGAUACGAGUAUGGGGGUUUGAACGGACGAAUAACGCCUUCAGUGCCUACCAGCUGGUGGACUCGAGGAUAUACGAGUAUCUGAUCCCCACGCACAGUUUCCUACCACCGCAUCCGACCAGUUUCCUAGGCCGAAAUUGCGACGAGUGGGCCGAGAAGAAGGGAGAUCAAGAAGAAUACAGGAAGAGACAAGAGGAGGUCUCAGGGUAUUGGGAGAAGGUAGACGAAGAGAUGAUCAAGCCCAUACUUGCAGAGUAUGACCCGGAAAUCCGAGAUAUACUAGAGAAGGCUUUGUGGAUGAAAGGAAUGGAACUUGGGGAAGAGGCAGCUGCCGCCUACCCUUCUGCUGCUGAAAUGGUGAAGAAGGAGCUUGACCCCGAGCUGGCAAAGAAUACAUCGGCGGAUAUUAUCAUGCAGGCCGACGAACCAACGAAACCAUCAUCCGACACCUCCGACAAACCCAGGACCUCGCGCCGCCAAAUCCUCGACGAAGCCGUAAAACGCCUCCGACAAGCCUACAUCACCGCCAAACGCGCCUAUCGAAUCCCUCCCGAGCGGCUCGACCGCAUUCAAAACACACUGGACCUCUUUGUCGGCACCCGGAAUUACCACAAUUACACGGUCCAAAAGACGUAUAAAGACCCGAGCGCCAAGCGCGUGAUCAAAUCCUUCAUCGUCAACGAGACGCCGAUUCUCAUCAAUGGCACGGAGUGGUUGAGCAUGAAAGUCCACGGUCAAAGCUUCAUGAUGCACCAGAUCCGCAAGAUGGUCGGCAUGGUAGCGCUCGUGGUGCGAUGUGGAUGCGAUCCGAACCGACUGCGGGAGAGUAUGGGUCCCGCUCGCCUCUCCAUCCCCAAGGCCCCCAGUCUGGGUCUCCUUCUCGAGAGACCGGUCUUUGACUCGUACAACAAGCGCGCCAAGGACAGUCUGGGCAAAGAGCCAAUCGAUUUCGACAGGUACAAAACCGAGAUGGACCGGUUCAAGCAAGAACAGAUCUACGAGCGGAUGUAUCGUGACGAGGAAAAGGAGAACGUCUUUGGGAAUUUCUUCAACCAUGUGGAUAACUUUCCUAGCGAGACCUUCUUGUUUGUUACUAGUGGUGGGGUCGAGGCCACGACGAUGAAGCCGCUGGUUGGAGGGGUCGAGAAGGGUCAAGAUGAGAAGAGAAUGGGAGACGCUCUGGUGGAGAAGGACGUGAAUGUUGAUGCCGAGGAUGGGGACAGCGACGUCGAUGAUGUUAAAGAUGAGCAUGGGAAUGAGGGAUAG